AUGCCGACUAAUCCGCAAAGACCAAAUGAAACACGACUCGUGUUUGUUGCCCUACAGCCACUCGAAUCGAAUCCACCGCGACGACUGAGUCCGGCCGUUCACUUCAGUACUCGUACACGAACAAACACAGCAAACCCAUCAUGUGCCACCACCAAGCUCCUCUUGCUGCUCCUCGACGGAACAGCCGCCGCCUUUGCUGGCCAUGCCGCCGGCACCGGCGCCGGUACCACUGGCUCUGGCUGCGUGCCCAAGGAGCGUGAUGCCUUGAUGGCGUUCAAAAGCGGCGUCACAUACGACCCCGCGGGCCGCCUCGUCUCGUGGCGGCGAGGUGUCGACUGCUGCCGGUGGAGGGGCGUCCGAUGCAGCAACCGGACUGGCCAUGUCGUCGAGCUUCGAUUUGGAUAUACCGAGCUAAUCGACGGCGAACAGUACCCGUACAUGGAAGGCGACGUAAGUCCAUCUCUGUUUUCUUUGGAGCACCUGGAACACCUUGAUCUUGGUGAGACUUCACUGAGUAUUCCAGGUGGCCGUUAUAAUUCCAAGUUAUGGGGAUCUCUUAAGAGCUUGAGAUACUUGAACCUCUCCGGCACAAUAUUACUCGAUGGCGACAAGAUGUUGCCUCAGCUUGGGAGUCUUCCAUUGAGCAUCACCAAUCUAGGAGAAAUGUAUGAUUUCAAUAUAGCAGGCAACAGACUAUCAGGUGUUAUACCCUGGAAUAUGUCAAAAUUAACAAGCAUGAAGAGGAAGAAUGAUGGUGAGCAGCUAUUUUAUAAUUUGCCUGUGACCACGAAGCGUCAGGAACGUUAUUACGGAGUUCGACAUUCCAAGAUGGUGACCAUUGUCUUAUCCUUGAAUUUCUUAACUGGGGAAAUUCCAGAAGAAAUUGUUUCUCUUGGCCAACUGGUGAAUCUGAAUUUGUCAUGGAACUACUUGUCUGGAGAAAUUCCACAUAAGAUUGGAUCCAUGCAAUCACUUGAAUCACUAGACCUGUCAAGGAAUAAACUUUCCGGAGAAAUUCCACUGAGCAUAUCAAAUCUAACAUAUUUGGCUUGGUUGGAUCUUUCGUACAACAAUUUGUCAGGAAGAUUGCCACCGGGAUCACAACUUGACACCCUAUAUGACAAUAACCCAUAUAUGUACAAAGGCAACAAAGGUCUUUGUGGGUCUCCUCUCCAACGGAAUUGUUCAGGAGAUAAUAAUGCAACAAAGCUUGACAACAGUGAUCAAGAGAGAAGUGCGCAUGUCCCAGGUCCAAUGUUUUUCCACCUUGGGCUUGGGUCAGGGUUUGUUGUUGGUGUCUGGGUGGUGUUAUGUACCAUGCUCUUCAAGAAAACGUGGAGGAUUGCAUAUUUCCGGCUCUUUGAUGAGGUAUAUGACAAGCUAUAUGUAUUUGUCGUCGUCAAUUGUGCAAAAUUGGCACGGAAGACACCACAGCUAAUUGAGAAGCUUGGCUAGAACCACAAAUGGAGACGGAUAAAUAGCGUACGCGUGUUUUCCUGGUUAAAAUCUGGCUAUGCUUUGAAGACACACAAGUUUAAAUAAUGAAUGUACUUAUUGCUUA